GCACCAGGACGCACUGGUGUUUGCUGGUAGAGAGCUGGAGCUCCAGUUCCGAAUGUCCCGCCCGCUCACUGACUUCAUGGCGACGCUUCACAAGAACGGAGUGGAAGAGAAGAGGCUGUCAAAGUUUGUGUCUCACGUUGUUUCAGACGACGACAUUGUUACCUUCUUCAUAACAUUCCCCGAGGAAGGACAGUACGGAUUGGACAUCUACACCAGAGAAAUGGGUGGUGGGAGUUCGGAAGCAACAGGGGAAAAACACCUGCUCACUCAUUGUUGCAAAUACCUCAUCAACAGCUCAAAAAGAAACUAAUCUUUUAAUCUCUGCGGCAUUGUUGAUGAUGUCGCAGUGGAAAAGUGUAUAAGUCCCAAGGCUAAUAAGUUUAACCCUUGACUAACAACUCUUUUAUUCCCAAGAGAAAUUGUCAAAAGUGUUGGCGACAAAAACAAAUUGUUGUGCUUGUUGUAUUUGACGAUUUUGUGAAGCAAAUAAUGUAGAAGUGUUUCUGUAUUAUUACCAAUUUUAAUUUUACAAAGGGAUGUUGUUUUCGUAACUGUGUCCGAAUUUGGGGUAUUAAAGCAGUUACUUGAGUUUUUGUAAUUUGUGAAUUAGUAAUUUUUUUAUACAAAAUUUGAUUUUGGCCAAAUGGUGUUAUUCAGAAUUAAAAGCAGGGGGUAAAGACUCUUAGGUAUUAAUUCAAGUUUUACUUUAAAUAACUGUCAAGAUAACUUAACAAAUUCAAUUUCUUAUUCUUUGUUAAAAAUAUGUUAUUUCCUGAAUCCUAGAUCUCCUCUAGUGAUUUGAACUAUCUUUAAUGUCUGUAUAAUACUUAAUAGUGGCUGUAGUUGAUGACCGUGGUAACUUAUAUAUUUUAUGUUUGAGUAACAUGUUGAAAUUCUAUAGUUAUUUUAAAUUUUAUCAGUUACCACUUGUUCUGUUAUCACAGUUUGUUUGAGAAGUUUAGAUCAAUAAAACAACUUGAAUAAUUAUUUUGGUGAUUAUUUGUUAUAUUUAAUUUGAAAUAUAUUUUAUGUGAUUUUUAACAGGUUUAUAUUUCAAUAAAUAAAUAGUACGUAAUUCAAUUACAAUUAUUUAAUGUAUUUGAAUUUGACUAGUACUAUGUUUCAAAUUUCUGUACAUUUGAGUGCAUGGAUUACCCCAAAGCUAUUGUUAGAAGAACUUAAUUAUUUAAGAUGUGUUAAUAGUGUAACUAAUGCUGUAUAUAGAAAAAUAAAUCUAUCAUAAUAUAUUUGUAAUUUUCCCAAGCAAUAUUGGAAUAUACAAGCAGAUUUUUCUGAAAAUUAUUUGAACAUUUUGAAAUAGUACGUUUGUAAGUUUGUCACUUGACAAUAAAAGUUUAGUUGUAGAAAAUAGGAUGUGUUGAGAGUUAAAGGUACAAUAAUAAUCAGUUAAUGUUAAAACAAUUUGUAAAUAAUAACAAUACAUAAGAAAAGAAACAAAAGAUAUUUAUAGAAAACAUAGGUUUUUUAGCUACUGUUAUCUAUCUGCUUGUAUAUCAUACAUUUGCUUUUAUUUAUAUAUUUUGUACAUUAUGAACAAAGGGCAAAGCAUUUUAAUGCUGCCAGUGAUCAGUAAAAAAAAAACUACUUCUUGAUGAUUGACAACGAAUAAAUAUUUAAACUGUGCCUAAAACAUUCAGUCUUAACUAAUCCGUUUAAUCAGUCUAACUUAAAUAACCUAGAGUUUGGAGCAAAAUAAUUAAUAAUCUUACCAAAGUUCACCGAAUAGUUUCAGCUGAUAUUUGGCAGUUGAAAAGCUGCAAGGUUUCAAUAAAAAUAUUGGAUAGUCAGUUUCACUAUGAGACAUACCUUAAAAAAGAUAAUAAACAACUCACCACUGACUUUGCAUAUGCUACUUAAAUAUCAAUGGAUUGGUGGAAACCUUUAAUUUUAUAGGUAUUUUGAGCUAUUUAUUUAAUUUAUCACUCAAUUAAGCACAGUGCAUUCAGUUUCAAGAACAACCUAUGUACACUAGCACGAUUUAUUGUACAAAUAAAUAGUCAUAUUGUAA